AUGAAGGAAGUACUAAAUAAUGAAAUAAAUACCAAAAUAACGAAGGAAGCAUUAAAUAAUGAAGUAAAUAUCAAAGUGAUAAAAGAAGUACUAAAUAAUAAAAUAAAUACUAAAGUGAUGAAGAAAGCACCAAAUAACGAAGUAAAUACCAAAGUGAUGAAAGAAGCACUAAAUAAUAAA